AUGGCCCAAGUUCCGGACGCGUCUACCGUGCCAGUACCUGAUGUGAGCCCUGAGGAAGAGGCUUUGCUGUUUGGGUCUCAAGGACAGCCAGCACCUGCUGGAGGAGCGAACCCUUUGGCGUCGCCUCCGGCAACUCCAGCUCAAGCUCAUGCUUCGCCUGCUGGAAGCCAAGUGGGUGGAGUACAAGCUGGAAAUGGCCUUGGUGAAGGCAACUUCCAAGCCAUCUUCAUGGAGAUGCUAAGGCAACAAAGUCAGGCCAACCAGCAGAACCAGCAGUUGAUAGCUGCCCUCAUGAGAAGGAUGGAUUUGGAAGAGAAGCGUCGAAAUGAGGCUGAAGAGAAGGCAGCGGAGACCGCACGUUUGGUUGCGGAGGCUGCAGCUAGAGCCAAGACGGAAGACCCUUUUGCAGCUGCGCCGAGCACACCUUCUGUGCCUGUUGCAGGAGCUACCUCGUCUUCGAGUUCUGUUCGGAGCCCACUGGUGCAGAAUAGGGCGGAGAAGUACCUUCCAUCUCUGCCGAUGCUAGAGCAUCAAGGCAUGAACAAGGGCAGGAUGCGAGAAGUCGAGACAUGGCAUGCCUACUUGGAGACAUUGUCAUCGUGGCUUGCUCUUCAAGAUGAGUCUUUCGUUCGAGAGUUGCAACUCUGCGUCAAGCAAAAGAACGAGAUCCUGCAGAAGGAUUUGGCGGAUGAUGUUGCUGCUCGAAGCGCGAAGCUUUACUACUAUCUCACCCAAUCUCUCUCACGUUGGGAAAGAGGUCAGGAGUUGCUACGCUCGUGCUCGAAAAGGCAGUCUCUCAGUGCCUGCGGAUACGAGGCGGUUAGGACCAUCACGCAGCAAUACAGCAUCGUGUCUCGCAUGGAAGCUGUAUAUGUGCGCGAGCAGUGCCUCAAGUUGGCGACUACGUGCCAGCAUCACCGACGGCCGACGGACCUCAUCCGUCACUUGGAGGACGAGUUUUCUCGUGCCGAAUCCAAGCUUGGGAACUUUCCAGAGUUGCGCCUCUCGGAGGCUGACCGCUGCAGUGUUUUGCUGCAAGCUCUGAGCCAGGAGCUCAGACAGUAUGUAGUUCUUCAUGGAAAGAGCAACGACUGGACAUCGCUGAGCGAGAGCCUUCGGUACUAUGAGGAGCAGCUUCGUCUGUGUGAGGACUGCUGGAGCCGUCAGCGUGAAGCUGGUGAGAAGGGCAAGAAGGGCGACAAGGGCAAGAAGGGCGAUGGCAAGGGAGCACAGAAUCCCAAAGGCAGAGUCCGAGUCUUCGAGGACCUCCACCGUGAUGGCGAUGAGGUAGGCGCCUUGACUGGAAGCACCUCGAAGGGAGAUGCGGCAUACGUCUGCGCUUCGCUGCAGGGAUCGGACAUGGAGAUCGACUCUCUUCCUGUUGACAAGGAACCCAGGAAAGACAUUACUGCAGGACCAAGCAUCCUGAAGAAGACUUCGAAAGAAGCGAAGAGUGAUGAGAAGCCUGGAAAGGACGAGAAGUCUAUCCGCCACGUCUUGACGGGAACGCCGUUUGAGUUCAUGUUGCGCGGGAAGGUACUGAGCAUGUCGGAACCUCAAAUGGAGGUGGAGCAAGAUUCCCACAACUCUCCAGCGGAGAGUACCGGGCAGGAGGUUGUGUUUUUGAAUGCACCAGUAGAGCCUGCACCAGCAGAGGCCGCGCCAGCCGAGACUGCGGAUGCAGGGGCUUCAGUUGCCCCCUUCAAUGUUUUCUCGAGGCCUCCGAGUCAAGUUGCAGUACCUUCGCCUACGGUGGCUGCGUCAGAGACAGGAGAAACAGAAGAGGAGGAAGCAUGGGGAAAAUGGAGGGCAAGCAAGCCUUCGCAGCCAUCAGCCGAGCCGCCGCUGAUAGUGAAGUGGAGAAGCAUGCUGAGGGGACCGCGCUACAGGUAUUUUACGCAAGCGAUACGACAACAGCGAGAAGAUCUUAUUGCAUGUGGAUACCCUGUGCCGGCAAUUCCAGAGAACAACCUGGAACCUGCAGUUCCACUUAUGUCUAUCGGAGAUGGGCUCGUUUAUCCUUCCCGCCAGGGGACCAUCUUUGCGUCAUUGACAGAUGCUUUGAUGACCGACGGCUACCUCCUCGAGGUUGGACAGAAGCUCCUUGGGCGGAUCCAACGUCCAGACCCAGAUGUGGGACCGUGCCUGGGAACGGGCUGGUCCAAGAGGCUUCGAGAUCACGAUCCCGAUCCUCUGGAUGGAACGCCCUACAUCAGCGCAGAGGUUGCGUGGGCGCUGUGGCUGCCCGAGUUUCCGGAAGCCCCGGAGCAGGGGGGCAUCCUUCCGGCCGCACUCUUCAUCAACGCGGCGUGCGUGCAAGGGACGCGCGUGCAGCUCCUCGAAGGGUAUACUCCCGAUCCAAGUCAUCUACGCCACCAGAGUGGCGGGGACGUAGCUGCGCUGGGUUACAUCAAGCGUAUCCUCAAGGUCCUGACCGUUUACGAGGCCAUGCCGGAGGCGGAACGCAACCUUUUGGCUGGAAUGUAUCCAGACGACGUCGAGCUCCAGCUCGAGUGGGUGCCAGGCUCAGCCAUCGUGCGUUAA